AUGAAGAAGAAUAAGAAAUGUUCCAUAGGACUAAGCAACUGCUCUUUCGAGCAGUUUAAAGAGGGAAUAGAUUUCCUAAAGCAGACGGAUGCAAUUCUCGACGAAGAUAUAUUUCCCAUUCUGAAGAGACUCUGCUCCUACCUCUUCUUCUGCGUGAAGAAUGAUAACUUUGAGUUUGUAAAAAGUUACCAAAGUGCCGAAAGGGCGGGUAAAGCGAAAGGCAUAUCAGCAGGACAAGCCGGAUCAUCCGUGGUAACAACGCAAUUUCCUCCCUGGAGGAGUGCCCCCCUUGACGGAAGUGAAACGACGCUGAACUAUGAAUUUGGGGAUGAAGAUUUCAUAAUUGUGAAAAAUAUAAACCGGCUGCUCCUUAACAAACUGAUAGACAACUACGUAGGCUACUCCUGGUUAUGCCUAACCCUAACCGAAUACUUAAAUGACCUGGAUUAUAUUAUGAACAGGCAAGGAAAAGGUACACAACAGGAAGAGAAAAGGGAAAUGAGUGCACGAAAAAAAGUGUAUAAGUUGGUGAAGAAAAUUACCCAAAGGAAGAGAAGACAUGAGUUACAGAAUCAUCCAGGGAAACAAGAAAAUGGAGAAAGAAAAAAAGGCAUUCACAAGUUAGAGGCGAAAAAUAAAUAUAUUAAUUAUCUCUUUUGCUAUUAUAACAAUUUCAUCCUUCCGUCAAAUGUUAUAAAUGAGGAAAGUGCCCAAGGAGAAAAUAUUAUAGUACUCGACCCCUUCGAUGAUUCUUAUGGAUGGAUAUACAGUGAUGAAGAAGACCUGACCGGAGACGGUGCAGAAAAAGGGGAGAACCACCUCCAUGGAAUGGAAUACACCAAGAGGGAGAAGCGCAUCAGAAUGAGCAGUGGAGAGCCUCCCCCAGAGAAGCGAAAUGCUCACUUAAAGCGAAAGCGCAAAUGUUAUGGUGUAGAAGGUGUGGAAGACGACCAAUUGGUGGGGAGGCAUACAAAUCGGCAUGGACCCUUCCGUGAGCAGAUGCCAAUCUCGCCGAGGAAUGAACAUCGUGUUUAUUAUGAAGAAUUGUGUAAUCCAAGUGAGGUGGACAAAGGGCGUGCAGUGAAGCGGAAAAGAAGGCGUGAAGAGAAGCGCCAAAGACACCGCCUACAGAGACGCUUAGAUCGGCGUCAGCAGCGGCGAGGGGUGCGUCGACAAAGGGUCGUUCGACAAAGGAAUGACCUGGAGCACCUGUACAAAGCGUUGUGUGACUUCCUGUCGACGAAAUAUGAAACGAGCAAGUUACUAAAGUUCAUGGACGAAUAUAGAGACAUGUAUGCAUGGAAGCCACCCCCCUUCUACUGGAAGAUACUCAGCAGCAAGUAUGUAGUGAAGGAGAUACUAAAACUUUAUGAGGACAGAUAUUUAGAUCCCUUCCUCUCCUGCCUGUACGAAGAUUAUGUGAAUAAAUACUACUUCGACGACGAUGAAGAAAAGAGUAACAUAGCCACCUACACGAGCAAUUUUAAUGUAUUUACACUUCGGGUAAGUGAAGAAAUUCAAAAAUUCCUUCUUUUGGAAGAACCCGAAGAAGAAGAAGCACUGUUAAGAAUAUGCAAAAAUAUAUGUGUUAGCGAAAAUUCCUACAUCUAUGCGCAGAUGAUUCUUGAGUACAUGUAUAGGAACAACAACGACAACAGCAUGAGGAGGCUUUCCCAAUUCCUAUCUCUCUACAUUCUAUAUAAGGACAUUAACCUUCACAAAAUAUGUAAUAAUUACUUCGCCAAGGUAGUGGAGAACGAAGUGAGUAUCACCUUUUUAACUUUAAGGAUUAAUAAUUUAAGCAGUUAUAGCAGUCUAUAUAGCACCUUUAGAAAUAUAUACAUGGCUAGAAAUAAAGGUUGCAUGGAGAUAAACCAUUCGGAUAUUGUCUCUCUACAUGAUGCCAUCGUCAAUGUUCUGAAGGCCUUUAAUGGAAAUAAGUUGCUUCUGUUUGAUUCCACUUACAUGUUUUCUUCCCAUGGAAGGAGGAACCAUCUUGGGGGGAAAGAAUCUCCUGAGAACAAUAAUUCGAAUGAUGGUAACACCAAAUUAAAGCGACAUCGUACUCCCCCUGAGGGAGGAGAACACUGCUCCUUCCACUUUCACCACCCAGAACAACAUGAAGAUUUUAAUUCAAACUUUUCUAACAUCAACAGAAGUAACCUGGAGGAGGUGUGCAGGCGUGGGGACUUACCCCCUGCUGCACAGGCAGAUCACGCCUCCUCUGUAGGGCCAUCCAUUGGAGGUAGUCAAUUCGUUCCAGGUAGUCAAUCCGUUGGAGGUAGCCAAUCCGUUGGAGGUAGCCAAUCCGUUGGAGGUAGCCAAUCCGUUGGAGGUAGCCAAUCCGUUGGAGGUAGCCAAUCCGUUGGAGGUAGCCAAUCCGUUGGAGGUAGCCAAUCCGUUGGAGGUAGCCAAUCCGUUGGAGGUAGUUCAUCCGAUAAGGAAGAUCCCCUUUUUCCAGGAGGAGCGGAAAUUCAUAACCCAAGUGAAGAUAUCCCUCCAGGGGGUGGGAAUUCUAUUGGAGAUAAUUCUAUCGGAGAAAAUAGCCUGUUUGGGAGCAGCCUAGACAUUGGAAAGAAGGAAAAAAUGAACGAACCUUAUGGUGAAAGUAGCGAAAUGAAUGACAACAAAACGAGUGUAUCUAAUCGCAGCAAAAAUUUGAGCAACGAAAUUUAUAGCUCGAUAAAAUCGGAAGAUUUUCUAUCAAAUGUGAAUUCGGAAAACAAUGAAGUUCAGAUAAAAUCACGAAAGACAAAAAGCACACCUAGUGAAUUGCUCCUUCCAUCAGCAUCUCAGUAUGGAAAGGAAGAUUUUAAUUACGGUAGAGAAUUUUUAAGGAUAAAUAUCUAUGCCGAGAAAAUUCCUUUGAUUCAUAUGAGAGACAUCGUCUUCCUCAACAAUGCAAUAAACAUAUACGUAUCUAACAAUGAGCUUCUGUUCAACAACAUGUACAAACUGUACGGUAAGGUCCUUAUUUAUCUGACUACCUACUCUCCGUAUGAAUACGUUUACAACCAUUACUACGCUUCAUUCUUUAAGCGAUGUGGGGAGGGUGCUUCUAGGAAGUACUCCGCGGCGUACUUUAACGUUUACGACGACGCGAUUUCGGCAGUGGAUGGCGUCCAUGGGGAAAGUGACGACGAGGGGGAAAGCGACGAUGGGGGGGAAAGCGACAACGGGGGGGAGGAAGAACAACAUCAACCGAACCAUCAGUCACUACUCCAACAGGAGCAGUAUGGAAACCUAAGCAGGGCACAGUACUCAUCCGAGGUGAACGCCCCAUCGGAAGGAAUCCUCUUCCCAGGGCUUAGCGCGGUAGGAAAAUCCACAGGCAAGAGAACAUACGAACAGUUUUUCCAAGUGAAAAAAGAACCCGCAUUGAGAAAGUCUAUACUUAAGAAGAGAAGCAAAUACGGGGGGGGUGGCAGUGAAGUGCAGGUGGAGAGGAAGAUGGAGAAACAUGAAGUGGAUAAUGAUGAAAUGGAAAAGUGUAAAAGGGGGGAAGGGCCUGCACCCGUUUUGAAGGCGGAGGAAAGUUCCAACGUAACGAAAGAGAACUGUAUGCCCAUUCAUGUGGACAACCCUGAUGAAGCUGCUAAGGGGGUAGCAUCACUGGAGCAGGAAGAUGGGACAGUUCCAGAGUUCGUAGAGGGACCAACAGAGGAGCAUCGAAGGAGGUCUCCUCGAAAUGAAGUAGUCCAAAAGGGUGGCAAUGCAAAUGCAGCAUCUGAUGGUGAUCCACCGGGAGGUAAGAACGAAGAGGGUCCAACAGCGCAUUCAGUGGAGAAGACACCCACAAGGGAAAACUCCCCUCCUCAAAGUCGCGACACGCACAACUCAAAUGCAAGCAACGCUGUAGAUGAUAUGCUUGAAUUGAAAACGGAAGUGAUGUCGUGUGAUGAAGUAAGAAGCACCAUAUUCAAAAAUGUUAGGAGCAAAAAAAAAUUGAAAAUAAAUCGAGCAAGUAAAAAAAAAAAAUAUUAUUUUUACAAUUUGUUUCAAAAAUUUAGAUUAACAUACAACACUUUUUUGAAAUACGCACAAAACGAAAUAUACCAGAUAUACCAGAUUAUUCAUGGGAAUUACUCAGAAGCAACGAAGGACAAACUUCUUCUGGCUCGGAUGAACAGUAACAUAUCAGCUUCUCUCAUUUACAGAUAUGUGUACAUUAAUGUAUACGAACAUGUGAAUUCUUUGCGCGUUAAUUUGGUGUACCCGAAAUUUAUUUUACUCAAGUACAUCGUCGACAAGUACCCGCAGAAGCGAGACCUUGCGCUGCACUUUUUGAAGGAGCUGUACAUUUACAUAAUCGAGAAAGAGGAAUCUUUGGAGGAGUUCGUCGAGCUGCGAGAAAACCUAAUUCUGUUCUUCGUGUACAUGGUGCGCUUCGAAAAUAUGUUUUGCCAUGUGGUGGGCGUUAUCAAGUCGAUGGUUCACCUGCUGGAUAAGGCCCUCAUCAGGCUGUUCAUCAUAAAGACGCUGGCCUUCUGCGCGCCUCCAUAUGAUUUUAAGUUUUGCGAGUGCCUUCUGAGCUUUAUUCACUUCGUCCUGCAAAAGGAGGGCGUCUACUACAAGAACGAGUUCAAAAGGGCCAUAAACAAAUUCCUGGACAACGUUGUGGAGAUGCACCUCAUGUACCGAAGUUUGAAAACGAAGGAGCUUAUUAUCCUGUGCACCAACAUCAGGGAGCAGAUAAAGCAGGCAGAAGUCAACCCAGCUGUGCAUUGA